ACAUUGAUAGCAUAAUACGCACAUACUGAAACCAUUCACCCUACUCAUUACGGGUGGAAAAGCAAACAAGGAAGGAUAAUUACGUUUAUUUUUAACUUCCUUUCUUAACCAGUUAAGAAAUGAAAGCAGCAAUUCCCGGAAAACCAGGCGAUCAUUGAUUCUUGGAAACACUGACUUCCUAACCAGGCGAUCAUUGAUUCUUGGAAACACUGACUUCCUAACCAGGCGACCAUUGCAGAGCGUAAGUCUUCUGUGUAUUUCUGCUUCUGCAUGUUCUCAGGUAAUUCCAAAGAUGCAACGAAAAUAUUCAAGCAUGUAUGGAAGGCUCCUUUUUUUCAUUUGUUUACUGUUUAUACAAGAUGCUGAUAUGAGUUGUAACAAUACUGACUUAGACAGUUGUCUAUGUAGUAAUGGAUACUAUGGCGGAGAGUGUGAAAUGCCAUGCUCUCAGAAUUGCAAGAGCGAAAAUGGCAGUGUUCGUUGUAUUAGAACAACAGGAAUAUGCUCAAACGGGUGCAAACAUGGAUGGUGCUACAACAAUUGUACCAAUCCAUGUAGCAAAAACUGCAGAAAUAGUACAUGUCUAAUAGAAAAGUGUUGGUGUGAUGGCUGCGAAAACGGAUAUCAUGGUGAUUAUUGUGAGAAACCUUGUGAGAAGAAUUGCAGCAGAUGUGAUCAGGAGAAUGGUCACUGUAUUCGUGAACCACCUAUAUAUACAAAUAUUUCCAGAUGCGAAAACCCCCAAAAUGAAUCAACAACUGAAGGAAACCCCGUUGUUAAUCUUUGGUCAUUUGGGUGUGGUUGGCUCAGUGGUGUUAUCAUCAGUACCGUCAUCUUUGUUGUUGUUCGCCUCGUGAUACUGGAUUAUAUCAGAUGCCGCAAAUGUCGAGGGAAACGAGACGAGAGAGAUCAGACACAAGAUCCAAGACAACAGGAAACACAAACGAUAAAUCAACAGGAAACACAAGCGCAAAGACAAUCGGAAACACAAAACCAAAAUCAACCGGAAACACAAGCGCAAAGACAAUCGGAAACACAAGCGCUAAAUCAACCGGAAAGGCAAGAGCCCAGUCAUGAACAAAGAACACAAGAGCAUGCACUAAGAUCACUAUGUAAAAAACAUUGUAAGGAACAUUGGGUGUACUAUUUUGUCAUGAGCAUAGCCUGUGUAAUCGGUUUAGUAUUAGCCAGUUGUGGGUACCGUACUUGACAUUAAAAAUUUGGUUACACUUUUUUGCCAAAUAUUCAUGGAAUCCUGGAAGGGACAUUGUGGCGUUGUCGCGCAUUUUAAGGCUUUUUUACAACCUCAGAUGGGGCGACAAUGCAACAACGCGACAUAUUUUGACCUUGAAAAUUGUUGCGUUGUCGCGCUUUGAGUGAAUAAUAAAAUAUUUUUCAAAGGGCGACAAUGCGACAUAUGGCCAAAAUGUCGCUUUGUCGCGUUUUGGUUAAUUUUGACAUUGUUUGCUUGUUUUUGUGAGGGCGACAACGCGACAAUGUCCCUUCUAGGAUUCCAUACACACAUGUAUCACUGCACUGCAGUUUCGGGAAAUUUGUUCCGUGUUUGUUCCGCGUGUUUUGUUGUUUGACGCGACACUCCGGAUUAAUCCAGCUUUAAGACGCGAUUUGAAAAUAAUCGAAUUAGAGCCAAGCAAUCCAAUGGUGACAGAAUGAGAGCGACCGUUGCCACUUUGUUGAAUAACUUUUUCAGUUAAUUUGUUAAUAUAAAUUUCGAGAAUUUAUCUUGUCACAAUUUUUAUAUUUCAUAUUCUACUGAACAUUCGAAUUUUGCCACAUUCUAUUAUGUGAUUUUCUUGUGUGAU